CUACUUCCCAAUGAUUUUCAUAUUCUUCUUUCCUCCUUCAUCUUUUUCACUUACUUACUUACAUCUACCAAAUUACAAUUGACCAUCUAUUCCCAAAUAAUCUCUUUGAAAAACGCGAAUAAGUCAAAAUUACAACCAAUACCCACAAUGUCGAUCCCAACCUCUACUUCCGUUGUUGAGUCCGCCGUCAUCAAGGCACCCCUUAGCCACGUUUGGCAUCAUAUUAAGCUCCAGGACUUCAGCAAAUUCUGGUCUGCUCUAAAGUCUAGCCAAUAUGUCAAAGGUACUAGUGACGAGACCGAUGUCGUGAAGUGGGUCUUCAAGGACGGUGCCGAGGUGGAAGUAAAACAGGAGGAGCACAGCACUAUCAACCACUACAUCACAUAUAGCGUCAUCACUGCUAAGCCCGAGUUAAGCUACUCCUCGGUCCUCUCCACCAUCCGCUGCUAUGCUGUCACUUCGGGUGAGCUUGAGGGUAGCACAUUCGUCGAGUGGACCAGCAACUUCUCUAGCGAUGCUGAUGCCGGUGUCAUUCAGGAUGCCAAGUUCAAGCGUCGUGACGCCCUAGCCGAUUUGGGUAAAGCAGCAACGAAAAAAUAAAAUGGAGCCUCCCCAGAGUCGCAAACCGCAUCCCGAAGAAUUCCAGGCUUAGUAUCAGGGACAAGCUCGUUAAUUGGAGAAUACAUGUAUAGUUGAAAGAAAACAUUGGAAUAUCUGACGAAUAUCUGACGUGCGCGUCCGCGCUAGGUUCAAUAGAAUGUAUUCG